GGUCGAACGAUCGAAAAGCUUGGUCAGUUGUAGCGCCGACUCGGUUGGAAGUUGUGUAGUUUAAAGGCACACCACUGUACAAAAUAGACGCACGUUUUUUCGUAUUAAGUAACGUAGAAUCAGUAAUAAUUUUGCGUAGAAAUAACGCGAGAAAAUUCAUACCACAAUGCCGCGCCAAUCAACAUAUUGGGGAAAAUUUAUAUUCGUAUAUAUUUUACAUUUAUUUUCAUAUGCAACUUCCUCUCCAAUGCAGAUGCAAGUUCCGGUGCAUGUACGACUGAUAGCACCGCGCUACGUAACGUACAACAGCACGGCCACUAUGCACUGCAAUCACAGCGUCCCCGACGAGUUCUUGCAUAAAGUCGAGUUCAUGAAGGAUGACAAGAGGAUAUUACAAUACAUAAAGGACAGAAAACCGCCGUUCCACAGGGGCGAUGUUGAAGGCGCAAGCAUGGAGCAUUUCGAAAAUGGCACGACAAUCAAAUUAAAGAACUUACGUUUCGAGGCGUCCGGCUCGUAUCACUGUUUGGUUACGAUGACGACUCCUAUUUAUACCGAACACUCGGAAAGCGUUCCAAUGAAAGUUAUAGUACCACAGACUGAAAACCCGAAAAUUACGUUCAAGAAAAACUCGUACAUCGUAGGUGAAAGUUUAGAGGCGAAUUGCACUUCCUCGGCUGCACAUCCAGUUCCUCAUUUGACUUGGUAUAUAAAUGGGAAGGAGGUGGAUAUCAGUCUGGUAAAUCACUAUCCUCACACACACCACAAAAACCAACUGAUGUCCGCUACUGCGAAGCUGGUGAUAGAAGUUUCCGCGUUGCAUACAGGAAAAAACGGUAAUUUGGAAAUAAGCUGUCAUUCGACCAUCCCAGAUUACGCAGUGCAGUAUGCCGAUAUAAAGAAGGAAUCGGUCACAGUGAAAAUUAUGUCGAUGGUCGAAUCCUCAGCACCAAAUAUCGCGUGGGGAUGGCCCCUAGCUACGUUACUGUGUAUACUCUGCGCGAUGCACAAGAUCAUUCCUUAAUAAAAGUCAAUUGCUAUAGGAUAAUUAAACGAAAGAAAAAAAAAAAAGAAACUAAAGAAAGAAGAAAAAUUACAGGAAAAAAAAAAGAAAAAAAAAAGAUGUGUAAUAUACGUAAACGAGAAGAAGAAUAAAUACAAGUGGAAAAAAAAAGGGAGAACUUGUGGGAAGGGGGGAAUAUAUAUUAUAUACAUACAUAUAUAUAUUAAUGAACGAACAAUCACAAUGUCUUCCUUGAUUAUACCGAAAUACACGGGGGCAGCGAUUUUAUUGUCUUGCAGAAAUUUUAUAAACUCAUAUAGACGCGGCUUCUUCGUGCAACUAUUUUCGAUUGUCGCUUGUAUCGAUCGUUAUCUAUUUCGCGAAAAUAUUGUCGAAUCCGGAGGGAGAAUUCCAUUCGUUUUUCUGGUCAUUUCGAUUCGCACAAGUUCGAAAGAAUAUGACCAUCGAAACGACGAUAGAAGAAAAAAAGUAAAACAAAAAAGAAAAAAAAUAAA